AUGUCUUCAUCCACAGAAGUAGAUGAAAAAAAAUCACAAAUAUUACAACAAGAAUAUAAUCGAUAUCAAAAUUUAAUUCAAGAAUUAGAAUCUCAAUCACAAACAAUUCAACAACAAAUUCAAGAACACAUAAUAGUAGAUCAUACAUUAACUUCAAUAUCACCAGAAAAUCGUAAAAAUAGAAAAUGUUUUAAAAUGAUUGGAGGUGUUUUAAUUGAAAAAACCAUAGAUGAAGUUUUAAUUAUAUUAAAUGAUGAAUUAAAAAAAUUACAAUUACAAAGAACAAAUAUUGAUAAAGAAUUAAAAAUUAAUAAAGAUAAAUUAGAGAAUUGGAUUAAACUGAAAAAAGUUAAGAUAGUGAAGAAUUGA